AUGGCUGCUGCGAAAGGGAUGCUUGACCAGGUUCAUUCGAAUUUGACCCGGCAGGAUCCAGCCGACCAUAACAGCUACGUCCUGGGUCAGGUCCAAGGCCACAAUGUCGUCAUCGCCUGCCUACCUGCAGGCAUCUAUGGAACGACACCAGCUGCCACAGUCGCGAAGGACUUGCUGCGGACCUUCAAGUCAAUACGGUUCGGCUUGAUGGUUGGAAUCGGCGGUGGUGUACCGUCGCGAAAACAUGACAUUCGGCUGGGAGACAUCGUGGUUAGUCAACCCGCUGAAACAAGCGGAGGUGUCAUCCAGUACGAUCGGGGGAAGACGGCGCAGGAGGGAGAGUUCCAACGCACAGGAUCGUUGAACACACCACCUCAGGUCCUCUUAGCCGCCCUGGGUCGUCUCCAGGCCGAUCACAUGAUCGAAGAGAGCAGAGUCCCUCAGUUCGUGUCUGAGCUUAUCAGCAAAUGCCGAAAAGUCAUGAAGAAGAAGUUCAGUCAUCAGGGCGCUCCCCACGAUUAUCUCUUCCAAGCAGAGUACGACCACGUCGAUCCAGACUCUACUUGUGAUAAGUGUGAUCACAAACAAAUGAUCCAGCGGGAGGACAGGGACGACACGUAUCCAGUCAUUCAUUACGGCAACAUUGCCUCAGGCAACCAGGUAAUCAAGCAUGGAAAGACACGCGAUAAGUUAAGCAAAGAGCUUGGGGUACUCUGUUUUGAGAUGGAGGCUGCAGGACUACAAGACUUGCCAUGCCUGGUCAUCCGUGGUGUUUGCGACUACGCGGACUCUCACAAGAACAAGCGGUGGCAAGAGUACGCAGCUGCAACAGCGGCCGCUUUUGCGAAGGAGCUUCUGUCGGUCAUACCGCCGGAUAGGGUCCUGCAGGAGAAGCCUAUACCGCAGUUAGUGUCUGGUAAGUAG